AUGGCGCCCAAGUCUCCCUAUACCCUAGCUUCCACAUCCUAUGGCUUCCAAGGCUGCCACCAUGUAGAGAAGCAAGAGCACUUUCUCCAACCCAUUUCACAGCUUAGAAAGCUCGGUCUCUUGCCCGAGCAAUUGAUCGUACACACUUCGCUUCCAUGUGUCGCCUGCAAGCACGACAUUGAUCCCAAUAGCCUCUAUCCCGCGGUACUGCUCUGGGCUCGACACUCUUACAAUAACGGGACCUGGCAAACGAACUUGCCGUACAGUCGCAUCAAUGCAACGCGACUAGCUGAGGUCGUCUGGAUCUGGGUGUGGUUAAUCGAAUGGUUCAAAGCGCGCACGAAAGCAGAAUGCGAUGCAGUACGGCCGGUAGGGAUGAAGAUGGCCCGACUCUGCAUGUAUGUCGGCAUGCAUAUACUCGACUUGGAGCAGUUUCACACUCUAUGUGCCACGGUAGAGGGAGCGUCGGAACCGCCAAUUUAUUCCCUCAUCUGUACGGACUUGGCAACGAAGGAGCAACGAGAGACCAGGGACCAGCUGCGAAAUCCCGAGGUCGCCUAUUACAGGCAAGAGUACGAGUGGCUGCUCAAGGCAUUCGACAAUGUUGACCAGGUCUUAUCACGGUGGUCCAGGACGGGAACUCCUGACCAAGAAGGGCUGAGGACCUCUGUCGCCUACAUGGAUUCCAUCAUCACGUUUUGGACCAACAAACUUUGGAGCAACCACUGGCUUGGCUGGGACCAAAGCGAUCUGGCGUUGAUGUGCGAGCCUCUGCCCGAUGACCACCCUCAGCUAGACACUAUGAAGGUAAUGAUGAGGGCAGUGAGAGGAGAAGACGGCAUCCUCCUCGCGAACAGGGAGCUGGCUGGCUUGUCAAAGUUGCUUGAUACGGCAGUUCGGUCAUUUCUGGACCUGACGCACAGGCAAGUGGGAAAGAUUCUGGAUCAUCUGAGAAACGAGGCGCGAUGCCUGAACUCGCGGGCUAGUAACCUGGAGCUAACCCUCAAGAAUCUCGUUACUCUGGAGGAGGAAGCUCGCGUUGGCAUCAUCAAUAGUAUCUGA